AUGGCCAAGAAGGCGCGCCAAAGGAUUAGCUAUGUCCUUGAAAAUGCCAAAUCCUCUGAAGGCGGCCAUCGUCUAGGUGUCAAUGGCCUUGCCGUCGAUAACGAUAAUGCAAUUCUAUACUCGGGUGGCCGAGACGGCAUUGUUUGCGCUUGGGACUUAAACCUCGAUCUCAAGAGCCGUAGCGACAUUACCGAUUCGACGCCUGCCGCCUCCGAAGACAAGAAACCCAAGUCCACGACCAAAUUCCGAGCACAAACCCAUGCGCAUAUGCACUGGAUCAACGAUAUUGCCCUUUCGCAGAACAAUACAGCCCUGGUUUCUGGCUCAUCCGACCUUACAGUAAAGGUCUGGCGACCAUAUUCCGAAGAGGAUAACACCCGCGUCGAGACGAUAGGCGAGCAUGCUGAUUAUGUCAAAUGUGUUACAACCCCGCCUCCAGAUAUGGGCGCAAAUUGGGUCGCCUCUGGUGGUCUCGACCGCAAGAUCUGCCUUUGGGAUCUCAAUGGCGCCGGCAAAACACUCGAGAUCGACGUUCAAGGCGAGGAAAUUGCCGAGAAGGGUUCUGUAUAUGCCCUACGUGUCGGGCGCAACAUCAUGGCGAGUGGUGGUCCAGAGAAGACGGUGCGCUUGUAUGAUCCUCGAACUGGCGACAAGGUCUCUAAACUUGUUGGCCACGUUGACAAUAUUCGCGCGAUUCUGAUUGACGAUGCUGGAGACACUAUUCUUAGUGCUAGUGCCGACAAGACGGUUAAGAUGUGGAGUAUCAAGAACGGUCGCUGCAUGUACACGUUUACGAUGCACGAUGAGAGUGUCUGGUCACUGUUCUCCGAUGACCCAACACUCGGUGUUUUCUACAGUUCAGAUCGCUCCGGUCUGGUAGCUAAGACAGAUGUGCGGGGCAGCCUAGAAGAAAUGGACGAUGGUCUAAGUCUUGCCGUGGCACAUGAGCACAUCGGAGUGGGCAAGGUUGUUGCAGCCGGAGGUCAUAUUUGGACAGCAACUAAUAGGUCAUCAAUCAACCGAUGGGAAGAUGUUGAUACCGAUACCAACAUCAAGCUCCCGGAAUCAGUUCGACACCACAGAGCUACGUCAAACGCCUCCAACAGGCCACGCGAGGCUUCACCUCCAGCAGUGAAUGGAACUGCUAAGAAAGAAAUCCCCGCCGAGUCUAUCUUACGCAUCUCUGCGGCUGCUUCCUUCCCUGCGCGAUCUGGGCCGGAUCCUGAUUCUACCACCAUCACAGAUGCUGCAACACGGAAAGGUUCAGAGGCUAUCAUCGAUUCAGGAGAAUCCGAUAUCAAGCCAAUUCACGCGGUGGCCGAAGAAACAAUCGAGGGACAAUUUGGAUUGCUCAAACACAGGCUGCUUAACGAUAGGAGACGUGUAUUGACGUCGGAUACUGCCGGUGAUGUGUUGCUGUGGGAUUUGAUCAAGUGCAAACCCAUCAAAAGCUUCGGCAAGCAACACCUGGAAGACGUGGAACACCUUGUCAAUACGGUUGAAGCUGUCGCCCCAUGGUGUUCCAUUGAUCUCAGUUCUGGAAAUCUUACUGUGGUGCUAGAACCUUUCAACUGUUUCGAUGCUGAAGUGUAUGCCGAUGAGCUCGAGUUACCAGAGGCUGUAGAGUUCCGAGAAGAUCAAAGGAUCAGUCUUGGAAAAUGGAUCCUUCGAUAUCUCUUUGCCAAUCUCAUCGAUGAAGAAAUCAGAAGAGAUGAGGCGCAUCGUCAGAAGCUCAAUGAGGGGAUUGAAGCAAGGCAAGUUGCCUCUGGAGGAACCGUCGACGCCCCUCCAUUGUCGAUAUCAUUACCAAAGUCCGCCAUCCCGGACUGGGAUAACGCAGACCAAGUCACCCCAAAACCCAACCUCAAUCCUUACCCCAAUACGCCCGGGUUAGGCAUUGGUUUAGCAACUCCUGGCCCCAGCAUCAUGUCAGGUCCUAACAGUUUGCCUGAUGUGCCUGAAAAUGCCGCAACGAGUCCAAUGACUCCUGUUGAGAAGAGGACGUCGCAUGUCAGUCGCCCUUCGACAGAAAGAGAGGACUACUUCAAUAGCCCCAUGCAACUUUUCGAGUCAGCAGUUAAGGCAGCGAGUAUGGUAUCCACGCCAACACAGGAUAAUGCAGAUUCGAAAAAGUCGAUAGACGGUGAUAAAGAGAAGGACAAGGACAAGGACAAGGCCGACAAUGCAAAAUCGCCAAGCACACCAUUUGGUAAGAAGAAGUUCCGCAUGACUUUUGGUACGAAGAAGCUUUCACGCUCCGCUUCUCAAGCCACAACGGAGAAGCCUGCUAUUGUGGAGGAGAAGACUGAAGAGUCUGAAUCAUCAUCCGUCCAUGAGAAAGAAAAGGAGGUCGACGACAGUUUCUUCGGUGUCAUUCAGAAAAUCCAUCAGGAGUACGACAGACAACUGGCUGAGAAUCCUGACAAACCAGUCGAGACCCGAGUGGUGCCCAGUCUGCCAAACGAUACACCUGUUCUUAAACUUCCGCCUGGAACCAAAGUUGUCAUCCAAGAGGAGACAUCGGGAGGCAGCGCCAACUUAUAUCAAGGCACUGUCGAGGACGUUGGCAAGGAUGCAGAACUUAUCGAGCAGAAGGCACCCAUGUGGCUUGGCGAUGUUUUGCUUCAGAAUAUUAUGCCUUUCAAAGAACCAGUCAAGGUCUCGUUCGUCUUAUAUCCAAUGGAUGACAGCCUUCCAGCCAUUGCUUCGGCAGAUGGAAACAACAGACUCAACGCGAAUCGCAUGUUGCGAGUCAGGAAAAUUCUCUCCUACGUUGCCGAGAGGAUCGAGCCACCACUUGAAGAACCUGAUGAAGAUCCCAUGAGACCAGAAGAGUAUCUGGAACUUUACUGCAACGACCAGCUGCUCUCCCCUGUGACAACCCUGGCCACUCUACGUACUCACCUCUGGAAGGGAGGUAAUGAUAUCGUGCUGCACUACAAAGCCAAUGGCAAAAAGGAGAUCCGGCCGUUCCCGCCUCCUCCAGAGACCAAGCCAGCUGAGGCUGAGGAAACUCUAGAAGGCACCGCUGCAGAAGAGACAAACACAGACGGCCAAGUUCCUUCUCAGCCUCAACCUUAA